CUGUACUACGAACUCUGUAGGCAUCCCGGAAGAAGAAGCAGCAGCAACAACAACAACAACAAUAUCGCAAUUUCCUCCCAAUCCAAUACAAAGGACAAGAAGAACAAGAUGAAGAAAAAAACCAUCUACUUCGCCUACGGAAGUAAUCUCUGGCAACACCAAAUGCAUCAACGUUGUCCCUCGAGUAAAUUUUUGGGAAUUGUGAGAUUGAAGGGUUUUGAAUGGAUUAUUUAUCAGAGGGGGUUUGCGAAUAUUGUGGAGGUUGAUAGCCGCAAGGAGGGUGAUGAUGAGAAAGAGGAGAAGGGGAAAGAGGGGGAUUAUAGGAAUCAAGUGUGGGGAAUGAUGUAUAGUUUGGAAGAAGAGGAUGAGAAACUUUUGGAUGAGAGGGAAGGUGUUCCGGUGGCGUAUCGGAAGGAGUGGAUUGAGUGUGAAUUUUGGACGGUGCCUGAAGCUGCUGCAUCGUCGUCGUCGUCGUCGUCGUCGUCGUCGCGAGAGGAAGAAGAAGAAUUUGGCAAGAAUGAGGAUGGUUCGACUCUCGAUGAGGAGAAGAAGAAAAGAAAACCAGCGGACAUCACCAAACGGCCCGGAAAGGAAAAGAUGUUGGUAUACAUCAAUCGAGAAAUGACAGACGAGGGAGAAAUUCGAAAAGAAUAUAUUUCUCGUAUGAAUUGUGGGAUCAAGGAUGCGGUACAAGAGGGUUUGCCGAGGGAGUAUGUAGAGCAAGUGUUGAGGAGGUGGAUUCCGGCUGAUGGGGAGGAGGGGGAGGAGAAAAAGAGGGCGAAGAAAGUUGGAGGGAUGGGAGAGAUUGAGAUUGAGGUUGGUUGGUUGAUGGUUUCCGGCGGGCUUGCUUAA